AUGAUCUACGGCUAUAACACCUGCACCCUACAGAUUCGCCGACUCCACUUGGUAUGGCAAGUUAAGUCGAUUGACAUGACAACUGCGGCCCAGGGCCUGCUUAAUAAUCUCCUUGAGGACGAUAUCAUAGAUGAAGGCUAUAUCCUCAACAUAUCUAUCUACGUGGAGAAUGGCCUUGCACACAACAAAACACCAUUUGGGAAGCAUGAACGAGUUUGUUUGUACCAAGGUGUGCCCGAUUAUCGAAGUAUUAUCUCGCUAGAGGCGUCCGGCGACCAGAUCGAAAGGUUGCCGAACAUCCGGGACGAGCAAGGCCGGACGCUGGUAAUGGUCUCCACGGCAGACGAUCUUCGAGACCACAUACGGGAGAUCGUACGAGGCUACCUCCACCAGGGUGUUAAGCUUUCAGAAAUGGAGUACCAGCCUAAUGCUGGUUGA